AUGUCUGAGAACAGCGAAACUAUGAAAGUGCUCAUGAAUGGAGAUACGUCGUCCGAGGUGGAAACGGACCACGACGACAACGACUGGACUGUUUCGGAUGAUGAGCAGGUACAAGAAAUCAGAGCACGUGAUGAAAGUAAAGAGCUCGAUGCCAUACCAAGGGGGAAUCUGAUAGACCAGUCUGAAAAUAAAGUAGCAACGAAAAAGAGCGAUAGCCUUGAUGGCGGACCCAGCAACUUCAAUCCUAUUAGUGAAUCCAAUGUGGUUGAUACUCUUUUACAAGAGAAAAAUAUUCGUCAGAGCGAAACCCUUUCUGAUGGGAUGAGCAGCCGAAGCACAAACGAUAAUGGUGAUGUGAUGCCUGUGUUGCCACGAGUAGACUUGGAAGUGAAACCAGAAUACCCUCCAUUAUCCGUCGAAAAAUCAGAUGAAUCGAAUAUUGCAUUUCAAGUUAAAAAUCAAAAUCAAGGAAAGGAUACAAAGCCAACUGGGGCGGGAAUUCGUGAAAUUGCUGAUACUUCAUCCUAUGUGCAUCUUGAGACCUCUCACAGGAGUGAUGAUUGCGUGGUUCAUUCAUUCGAUGACGUAAAUAAUCGUCUUAGUGAUGCGUCACAGGAUGUUGGCGUUCAAGAUCUUUGCGACAACGAUCCACAAUUCCAUCAUUCGAAUCUAGUUGACGACUUGUAUCAGAUGCCAGAACUGGCAGCAUACCUUGACGAUCUGGAAAAUGUGGCUGCCAAACAAAAGAUGAGUGACGAACAUUCACUCCAUACUUCGUCGUCGUUUUUGGAAGCGACUGGCGACGUCAAACAUGUUCAAGGCAGUAACGACCAAUUGAUCCAUGAGCAGACCGGAAGUUAUUUGACGGAUACCGACAAGGAAAAGAGGGAUCCAACUCCUCGUGUCUCCUUUGCCGAACAGCCUUCCUACUUUCCAGGCCAGAUUCCGAGGAACGAUCAAAAGAGAAGCAGUAGCCGGAACAACCACAAGAAACGAAAAAGCAGCAAAGGGCGCCAUUCUAACCGAGAUAUGGCAAUAUAUAGCGGCGAUGAUGGCGAUCAAGUGGCGGAGAAAUACUGGCAAAGUAUGCCGAAACGUUCUUCUCGUAAUUCUAGCAAAGACAUCAAGAAUGAAACAUCAUCAUCAUCCCGGCGGUCAUCUCAUCACCGAAACAACUCUAGACGAAGAAGCAACUCGCGUUCCAGACAAUCAAAGCAUAGAGAUCAACGGAGCCGAACGAAGAAUCGUCAUGCAGCUGAUGAGCAAGAGAUAGAAACGCCACAAUUGGAGGAUGUGAAUUUGUACGAUUCGGCCAAUAGUUCGGACGAACAAUUUGAUGAUGAAUAUGAAGCAGAAGCCCGAGGACGAGGAAGACGGAAGCACCGAUCAAAUAAGCAUCGAAGAAGGAAAAGUGGGCGACAAUCGAUUUCCUUGCCAAGAGAUCAUGCAGAUUACGAUCAAUCACCUUCCCUCAAUCGUUCCACAUCGGAUCGGCGGUCGCACAGGCGAUCUUUGAGCGUGAGUGAGAUCGAAACGCGGCAAUUGAUGCAGUCACACUCAACACGUGAGAUGGAUUCGACGAGAGUGCAACGACAGUUCCGAGACUUGGAGAGUCCAAAACGGACCUCUAGCAAGAAACGAAAAAGUCGGAGAGGCAAGGCGGAGAGUCGGAAUCGAAGUAUCAUAUGCUGCGGCAUUUUGUUUUGCCUUCUGUCAACAGUUGGAGUUGUGCUAUUUCUUGUCAUGCAUGAAAACGUCAGCGAACCGGAACCAUUGACACCUGUAAGACAAUCCCCUAUUGUAUUGAGGGCUCCCACUACAGAGAAAUGCCGUUCCAUUUCCCAAGGUGUUGACACCAUUUCAGAUCAGACGGAAUCUUCAUCUGAGCUGAAACAAUUUGAAAUCAGGCUGGAAGUGGAACCUAGUGGCCAAAUUGGCGAAUCUGAUUUGCCUUUCAUGCCCUUGUUGGAGUCGACACUACAAGCACUUGUAAUGCCGGCAUUGGUUGGGUGCGAGCCUGUGACUCUUCGUCGGUAUCGUCGCAUGAUGGGACCACCCCUCGAAAGUCGGCGAAGGAAUACGGAACGACUACCGCACUAUCUCAUUUCAAACGGCUUAAUCAUCGAUGCACAAUUUGAUUUAUAUCCUCUUGCUUCAAAAUCAAGUCGACCGUUCAGCUAUCCUGUAAAAGUUCUCAUCGAUAUCUGGGUCCAAGAAGAAGUGGACAGCUACUUGUUGGCGAACAAAGUAUGGAAGGCAUUCGAUGAGUUCAUGAGCUCUCCAGGAAUUCCAGAAGACUUUCCAAUUGCAUCAGCUGUGGUGCUUAGUGUUGAUCCCGUUCGUGGAGCUCAAGAACCAAAAGAAGGUACCGCAUUUCCAACUCUUUUACCAUCCCCAAGGCCAUCACAAGCACCCAGCAUUACCAGCAGCGCAUCUCCCACAAAGCAGCCAUCCUCCAGUCCGAGUAUUUCUCCGUCAUCUUUCCCGUCCUUGAGCCCCACUGGACUGCCUUCUGCAAAACCGUCGUCCGUACCCACCCAUAUACCAUCAUUGCAACCGUCCAAAUUUCCAACUCCAAGACCAACAUUGAACCCUACAGGUUCUCCGACGGUUGCGCCUGUGACUUUCAGCCCAACAAGACCCCCAGUUCCGAUCAAUGCAUCAAUUGAUGUCGUCAUCAUCGGGGCCGGAGCUGCAGGUUUGAGCGCCGCCUAUCAUCUGCAGCGCGAGGGAGUUUCAGUGGUUGUACUGGAAGCUACCAAUGAGAUUGGAGGUCGAGUAAAAAAGGACUCAACAUGGGACUUGGACCUUGAUCUAGGGGGAGAAUGGUUAGACUAUGCGACUAGUGACUUUAGUAAUGGCAAUGACAUGUUGAGUGCUAUUCUGGAUCGAACAGUCAAUAAGCAGACCAUUCGAGAGCCCAACUUAGCACAUUAUUGGAGUGGAUCUACAAUGCGAUAUGACCCCCCUGGUUCCACUUCCACUGACCAUCGUUGGGUCGACUCUACUUGGUGGGAUUUCUUAAACCAAGAGUUGAUGUCAAACCUCCAACCCAAUACUGUGAUUUUGAACAGUAUCGUAAAGACCAUCGACUAUGGAUACGAAAGGCCACUUGUAAAUUGCGAAGAUGGUAGAACUUAUGAGGGAUCAUAUGUGAUCGUAACGGCAUCUAUGAAAACCCUGCAAGAUGGCAUGAUUUCAUUUGUUCCAAGUCUGCCUUCAAGAUACCAAGAAGCAAUUGAUGAUAUCGAGAUGGGCAGUGGUGUCAAGGUCUUUUUAGAAUUCACCGAAAAGUUCUUUCCUGAUAUUUUCAGGUUGGAUCCCGAUACGGAAACGUAUAAUUUCGAGGAUUGCGAGUCCUCUCGUCAUGGAGUGCGAUACUUCUACAACCCAACCUAUGGACAAACGUCGACCAAACAUAUCAUGGGCAUGUUUGCAUACGCGGACAUUGCUGAUUUGUACAUUGGAAAGCCACACGAUGCGAUAAUUCAGAGUAUUUUGAGCUUACUGGAUCAAAUUUUCAACGGCAAAGCAUCAGCCACAUUCGUCAAGGGUGUGGUACAAGAUUGGUCAUCGGAGCCCUAUGUGCGGGCAGCAUAUACAAACUUUGCACCCAAGAAUGCUGUGGAUCGGUUGCGAAUUCCAAUUGACAAUAGAGUGUUCUUUGCUGGAGAAUCCGUUUUCUCGAAAGACUCGGAUUGGGGUUUUGUCCAAGGAGCCGCACUCUGCGGGGAGGAUGUGGCCGAAGACAUAGUAGAUGCUAUCAAUGGAAGGUAG